GCUAAAAAAAUAUAAAAAUAAAAAGUUAUAAAUAAAUGGAUUCUAUUUAUGUUUUUCAUGAAUAUCCAUGAUAAAUGGGUAUGGAAAAAUAUUUCACAUCUAAUCUAAUAGUACCGUUGGUCACACUAGCCCCCUCAAUCUGGAACUGAUAACUGAUUGAUUCACGCACAAUGGGUCCAAAUCCAAUCCUCAACCGCAUUGGUUAUAAAAGUAACCGAAUGGCGUCCCAUAUCUGAUAGAAAGCUACUGGAAAAACCGCCCGCUCAGUCUACUUCGUCCAACACUGCUCUACACUUUGUCUCCUCCGUUCCCAUUUCCAUUUCCAUUCCAAAGUCCCUUUGAUCAACCACUCCCUCCGCCACUCUCAAAAUGGACGCGACUAAACUUAAAGAACUGAAGCUUUUCAUCGAACACUGCAAAUCCAGCCCCUCCAUUCUCAGCGAUCCUUCCCUUUCUUUCUUCCGCGACUACCUCGAGAGUCUUGGCGCUAAGCUCCCUACCUCUGCUUACAACCACGCCGACUCCAAAUCGAAGAGCUAUGUCGUGGAAGAGAGCGACGAGGAAAUGGAGGAUAAAGAAGGUCCACAAGGAGAGCCUGAACAGGAAGAAGAGGAGGACGAGAUAAUCGAAUCAGACAUUGAGCUCGAAGGAGAGGUUGUGGAACCUGAUAAUGAUCCUCCUCAGAAGAUGGGUGACCCCUUAGUAGAAGUCACAGAGGAGAAACGCGAGGCUUCGCAAGAGGCAAAGGCCAAAGCUAUGGAGGCUAUUUCUGAAGGCAAAUUGGAGGAAGCGAUUGACCAUUUAUCAGAAGCUAUUUCCCUCAAUCCGACUUCAGCAAUCAUGUAUGCGACCAGAGCUACUGUUUACAUCAAAAUGAAGAAGCCCGAUGCUGCCAUCCGGGAUGCUAUCGCUGCCCUUGAGAUCAACUCAGACUCAGCUAAGGGCUACAAGUCUCGUGGCAUGGCACAAGGAAUGCUUGGUCAGUGGGAAGAGGCUGCCAAGGAUCUUCAUCUGGCAUCAAAGUUAGAUUAUGAUGAGGAAAUAAGUGCUGUGCUCAAGAAGGUUGAACCCAAUGCCCGCAGGAUUGAGGAUCAUCGUAGGAAGUAUGAAAGGCUGCGCAAAGAUAGAGAGGAUAGAAAGAUUGAGCGGGAGAGACAACGUCGACGUGCCAAAGCACAGGCUGAGUAUGAGAAAGCAAAGAAGCAAGAGCAAUCAUCUUCCAGCAGAAAAUUCGGAGGGAUGCCUGGUGGCUUUCCAGGUGGAAUGCCAGGUGGGUUUCCUGGUGGAAUGCCAGGAGGGAUGCCUGGUGGAACGCCCGGAGGUUUCCCAGGUGCGAUGCCGGGGAAUGUUGAUUUUAGUAAAAUCUUGAACGACCCAGAACUGAUGGCUGCAUUUAGUGAUCCUGAAGUCAUGGCUGCCCUUCAAGAUGUAAUGAAGAACCCAGCCAAUCUUGCUAAGCACCAAGCGAAUCCCAAGGUAGCUCCUGUAAUUGCAAAGAUGAUGAGCAAAUUUGCAGGCCCAAAGUGAAUGAGGUUCAAAGUUGACAUCAUGUGCUAGUUUCAUAGCUUUGAUAAUUGUGUAGUUCUUCCUUUCCAAUUGCUGUUGAGUUCAUUAGCGUGGACUCUGUUUGGCUAUCCAAUUAUCUCGAGCGUGGAUAGUUUGAAGUGUUGUAAACGGAACUGAUUCAUUUCGUAAAUUGAAAAUGUUCCGUUGAAAUUUGCAGACCAGUACCAUGUUAUUGAGGCAGCAUUAUUUUUGGGUAGUGUACUUUAGUAUCCUUUUGAUUAUGUGAAUUUUUUUUUUUCUGAGAUAAAGGUUACAUUAUCGCCUAUGCUUUGUAGCUUUUAAUUAUGUGGUUGAAAAACCGAUUUGUAGCUUUUA